AUGGUGACAGGUGAGUGUCUGGAGGCUCAGGUACGUGAGACGAUGGUGACAGGUGAGUGUCUGGAGGCUCAGGUACGUGAGACGAUGGUGACAGGUGAGUGUCUGGAGGCUCAGGUACGUGAGACGAUGGUGACAGGUGAGUGUCUGGAGGCUCAGGUACGCGAGACGAUGGUGACAGGUGAGUGUCUGGAGGCUCAGGUACGUGAGACGAUGGUGACAGGUGAGUGGCUGGAGGCUCAGGUACGUGAGACGAUGGUGACAGGUGAGUGUCUGGAGGCUCAGGUACGUGAGACGAUGGUGACAGGUGAGUGUCAGGAGGCUCAGGUACGCGAGACGAUGGUGACAGGCAAGGACAGCCCAUCUCAGCACCUCCUACACGGCUGCAAGGACAGCACAUCUCAGCACCUCCUGCAUGGCCGCAAGGACAGCACAUCUCAGCACCUCAUGCACGGCUGCAAGGACAGCACAUCUCAGCACCUCCUGCACGGCUGCAAGGACAGCACAUCUCAGCACCUCCUGCACAGCUGCAAGGACAGCACAUCUCAGCACCUCAUGCACGGCUGCAAGGACAGCACAUCUCAGCACCUCCUGCACGGCUGCAAGGACAGCACAUCUCAGCACCUCCUGCACGGCUGCAAGGACAGCACAUCUCAGCACCUCAUGCACGGCUGCAAGGACAGCACAUCUCAGCACCUCCUGCCAGGCUGCAAGGACAGCACAUCUCAGCACCUCCUGCCAGGCUGCAAGGACAGCACAUCUCAGCACCUCCUGCACGGCUGCAUGUACAGCACAUCUCAGCACCUCCUGCACGGCUGCAAGGACAGCACAUCUCAGCACCUCCUGCACGGCUGCAAGGACAGCACAUCUCAGCACCUCCUGCACGGCUGCAAGGACAGCACAUCUCAGCACCUCCUGCACGGCUGCAUGGACAGCACAUCUCAGCACCUCCUGCACGGCUGCAAGGACAGCACAUCUCAGCACCACCUGCACGGCUGCAUGGACAGCACAUCUCAGCACCUCCUGCACGGCUGCAAGGACAGCACAUCUCAGCACCUCCUGCACGGCUGCAUGGACAGCACAUCUCAGCACCUCCUGCACGGCUGCAAGGACAGCACAUCUCAGCACCUCCUGCACGGCCGCUACAUUGACAGAAUGUUUUACUCUAAAAUGUUCCACGUUACUCUGAAACAGGAACGAAAACAGGACGAGGAUGAGGAAUACCAGAACGGGGAACAGGAAGAGGAACAGAAAGGGGAACAGGACGAGGAUGAGGAACAACAGAACGGGGAACAGGAAGAGGAUCAGAAAGGGAGACAAAACGAGGAACAGGAUGAUGGACAGGACAAGGAAGAGGAACAGAAUGGGGAACAGGAACAGAAUGGGGAACAGGAAGAGGAACAGAAUGGGGAACAGGAUGAGGAACAGAAAGAGGAACAGAAUGGGGAACAGGAUGAGGAACAGAAUGGGGAACAGGAAGAGGAACAGAAUGAGGAACAGGAACAGGAAGGUGAACAGGACAGUGACGAGGAACAGAACGAGGCACAGGAAGAGACGGGAUGA